UUAAAUAGAAUUAACAAUGUUGGGCCUCUUGCGAAGACUGUGUUCUCUUAUCUCUCAUCUUCUGUUCCGAUCUGCUCCAGAGUCUAGUGUCCCACCAUCGUCUGGAGCAGAGGAGCCAUGGACUAAUACAGAGUGGGAUGGCGGGGGCGACUGGGAGCCCUUCACUGUCCAGGUGAUCCCUCAUGAUCCACCAUUACAGACGCAAGAGGAACAAGCCAGUCAACCACCGGCACCAGAGGUGGACCUGUUUAGUGACAUGCAGCCCGUCUUCAAAAAGCCCACAAUGAUUCGCAUUGCUAAGAGAGAAGAGGAACAAGUGGAUCUCAGGAAGUUCUCUGUACAAGACGAGGCCUUUGUUGAGGAGGAGGAAGAGUGUGGUUUGGGGGUGUGGUCUGAUGAGCUGGCAAGUGGAUGGGAGGAACAAGAUGGUGACGAUCUUGUCAAGAGCUCUCGAGAGGCGGCUCGUAAACUGAGAGCUGAGCAAAGGAGGCAACAACAAGAGAGAGUUAGAACACAGACAAUCAGGACUCAUGGACUAGGCACUAGAGUGCCGUGAUCAAUAUUCAACAAUCUAAUUGUUAGCAAAUCAAUUCUUUUCUGUAGCAAAUUUCUUUCUUAAUGUAAAAUAAUGAGUGCUAAAAACACAA